AUGUCUCGCCUGUACGACCAGCCAAUAGUCGACAUAGUAAACUAUGUCUACCACCACACCCUCAACCAAGACGACGAAGCGAUCUGGAGAUGCGCACGGACAGCCCUGCUGGACGCAAUGGGCUGCGCCAUCGAGACAGCAGCAACGAGCAUCGAAUGUCGAAAGCUGCUCGGUCCCGUGAUCGAGGGGACAGUCAUGCUGGACGGGUUCAGGGUCCCAGGAACGGAGUUGCAGGUUGAUCCCGUGAAGGGGGCUUUCGAUCUGGGUGUCCUGAUUCGGUACUUGGAUCAUAACGAUGCGCUUGGUGGUGCGGAAUGGGGACAUCCUUCAGAUAAUCUCGGUGCUGUACUCCCAGUCAUGGAUUGGCUGUCCCGUGCAAGUUUGUCUGGUCGCCGGGUUCAUGACGGUCCGCCGUUGACGAUGCAGACGCUGCUCAUUGCGCUAGUCAAGGCAUACGAGAUACAGGGGUGUUACCAGAUGCGGAACGCAUUUAAUGCUUAUGGAAUCGACCAUGUGGUACUGGUCAAGUUGGCUUCUGCUGCUGUUGUCUGUUGGUUGCUUGGGAUGUCAGAUGAACAAGCUAUGGCGACUAUUUCUCAUGUUUGGAUGGAUGGCCAUCCGAAACGGGUGUACCGAUCCGGCGAAAAUACUAUCCCGAGGAAAGGGUGGGCAGCAGGCGAUGCGGCGAGAAGAGCUGUGCAGUUGGCUCUACUGGUACAGGAAGGCCAGGCUGGUUCGCCGGGGGCGUUGAGUGCGAAGCCAUGGGGGUUUUGGGAGCGGACUUUUGGCGAGGCGGGAUUUGUACUUCCACGACCAUUUGGGUCAUGGACAGUGCAGAAUGUGCUGUUCAAAAGUAUGCCGGUAGAAGGACAUGCGAUCUCGGCCGUGGAGGCAGCUGUUUUGCAAGCGCGUCAAUUUCGACAGAGAGGGCUGUCCGAUCCUCUCAAACAGAUCGAGCGAAUAGAUCUGCGAACGACUGCUGCUGCCUUUUUGAUCGUCAACAAACAUGGGCCGCUGCACAACGCUGCUGAUCGCGAUCACUGCAUUCAGUAUGUGGUAGCCUUGGCUUUCUUGAAGGGUAGUCCGCCGGAGGCUGCGGACUAUUUAGACAAAAGCCCGUGGGCGAAUAGUGAGGAGCUUGAAGCCCUGCGAGAAAGAAUCGUGGUGCAGUCGGAUCCUAAGCUCACGGAACACUACUUGGAUCUGGACAAGAAGAGUAUUGGUGCAGGGAUGACGGUCCAUUUCACAGAUGGGUCCUCGUUGCCUGAAAUACUGAUGGAGUAUCCCGUAGGACAUGCGCAGAAUCCGAAAACACCAGCUGCGAUACAAGAUAAAUUCUUCCAAAAUAUGGGGCUUAUGUUCUCUGCAACAGAGAUCGGUCGGAUAUUGGGUGCUGUUCAAAAUCCAGAUACUUUGAUCUCGGAUUUCACAGAUUUGUUUAUCCAGCCAUCGGCCAAGGCAAGAUGGUAG